AUAUUUAUUUAAAUUAUUGCACCUUUGUCACCAAGUAGAUAAACAUAAAAUACCACUUUAAGAAUGGAACGUUGGAUUGGUAAAGUUGCUAUUGUGACCGGUGCCAGUUCUGGCAUUGGGGAAGUAAUUGCUGAAGCUUUGGUUAAACUUGGAAUGCAGGUUGUUGGAUUAGCAAGACGAGAAGACGUCGUAGAAGCCAAUGCCAAGCGUCUUGCUGCUCUCGCCAAAAAUGGUGGAAAACUGCACGGAGUCAAAUGUGAUAUGACGAGCGAAUCCGACAUUCUGCAAGCGUUCGCCUGGACGAUCAAAAACGUAGGUCCUGUUCAUGUCCUCGUGAACAACGCCGGCGUGUUGCGCGGAAAUAACUUGAUUGAUGGUGACACGAACAAGUGGCGGCAAAUGAUUGAUACAAAUUUUCUUGGAUUGUGCAUCGCGACGCGUGAAGCGUGCAAGAUUAUGAUGGCGAAUGACAUUCCUGGGCACAUUAUUCACAUCAACAGCAUCACCGGUCAUUACCAUCUACAUUGCCCAUCUGUGGGUAUUUACGGUGCUACCAAACACGCAGUGACCAACGUGACCGACAUUUUGAGACAAGAACUCGCCGGCAACCAUUCGCAAAUUAAAGUUACUAGUAUUAGUCCGGGAGCAGUCAAGACCGCCAUAAUAAAAGACGAGAGCAAUUCUUCACCGCAGUUAUUAGCAGUGCUUAAAGAUGGGCCACUUUUAGAGAGUGAAGAUAUUCUGAAUGCAGUUUUGUAUGUUUUGGGCACUCCUCCAAGAGUUCAUAUAAACGAAAUCACCCUCAGAGCUACCGGCUCACCGUGCUGAAUGAAAUGCUAAGAAACAAAAUAUCAUUUCAUG